AUGCUCCGAGGCGUGCCAGGGCUAGGCCUUAGGAGCCUGAAGGGGGCCGAGGGCUGUGUGGAGGACUUGGGGGGCUCUUGUCCAGAGGCUGGCAGGAAUUUAGGGGUACUGAGGAAGAACGGCGCGCCCCGCAGCCAGGGCGAGGCAGAGGAGGCAGCAGGCAGGACGCGCACACGGCCCGCACGGUCCAAGGCCCGGCGCAUGGCCGCCAACGUGCGCGAGCGCAAGCGCAUCCUGGACUACAACGAGGCCUUCAACGCGCUGCGGCGCGCGCUGCGGCACGACCUGGGCGGCAAGAGGCUCUCCAAGAUCGCCACGCUGCGCAGGGCCAUUCACCGCAUCGCCGCGCUCUCCCUGGUCCUGCGCGCCAGCCCCGCGCCGCGCUGGCCUUGCGCCCACCUGGAGUGUCACGGCCAGGCCGCUCGUGGCUCGGGCUCCGGAGACGCGGGCUUCAGCCCUCCGCGACCCGCGCCGCCUCCCGCAGCGCCUGGCCUCGCGCGCCGAGAUGCCACUGGCCCCUUCGUGCCGUCUGCGCCGCGCUGCGCUUCGUGCUCCGCGCACACGCACCUGGAGCGGCCUAGGCCGGUGGCCGAGGUGCCUGGCGUGGCCCAGGCCUCCGGGGGAAGCUGGCGCCGAUGUCCCGGGGCCCCCACUGCUGGACUGAGUCCGUGGCCGCGGGGCUCCUUGCGAACCAGCUCUGGGCUAGACUAUCAGCACUCCUGA